AUGUUGGUAGGUCGUGCAUCAAGAUCCUUGUCUCGAUUGCAACAACCUUCCCUUGCUUUAAGACACCUUGCUUCAAACCAACGUCGUUCCCUUGCUACAGCUACCGCCGCAUCCAAUGCUUGGAGACAUAGACGAGCUGCUUGCUAUGUUACUGUCGCUGCUGCUGCCACAUUAACUUAUGGUCUCUGGAGACACAAUGAGGCUCAUUGUGAUGCUGUUGCUGAUGACAAACAAAGGAGAUCGGAAGGACCAAUUACCGACAGCGAUCCGAUGCGUUUACGUAUGGAAGCUUUCAUCAAAGGCUUACAGAACCGCAUUGUGCAAGAUAUCGAAGCGAUUGACGGCAAGCAAUUUUCACGCACAACAUGGCAACGUGCUGAAGGUGGCGAAGGAAUUACAUGUGUGCUGCAGGACGGCAAUGUAUUUGAAAAGGCUGGUGUUGGUGUCUCGGUUGUGUAUGGCCAGCUUCCCAAAGCUGCUGUUGAGCAAAUGCGACAUGAUCGUGGCAAAGAAAUCUCAGCGGAUGGUCCUGUUCCCUUCUUUGCAGCAGGCAUUUCACUUGUGAUGCAUCCACACAAUCCCAAUUGUCCAACUGUGCAUAUGAACUACCGCUACUUUGAGAUUGAAAAUCCCGAUGGCACUCCAAAAAUGUGGUGGUUCGGUGGCGGUGCUGAUUUGACACCAAGCUAUUUGUUCGAAGAGGAUGCUAUUCACUUCCAUCAAGUGCUCAAGGAUGGCUGCGACAAGUAUGACAAAAAGUACUAUAGCACCUUCAAGCAAUGGUGUGACAAGUACUUUUUCAUCAAACAUCGUGGUGAAGCUCGUGGUAUUGGUGGCAUCUUUUUCGACGAUCUCGAUGACAAGCCUAUCGAAGAGUUGUUUGGAUUUGUCAAGGAAAUGGGUAAUCGCUUCUCCACUGCCUAUGUCCCCAUUGUCCAGAAGCGUAAGGAUAUGAAGUUCACCCCCGAAAUGAAACGAUGGCAACAAUUGCGUCGUGGUCGCUAUGUCGAAUUCAACUUGGUAUGGGAUCGUGGUACCAAAUUCGGUCUUCAAACGCCUGGAUCAAGGAUUGAAGCCAUUCUCAUGUCCUUGCCGCUCACUUCUCGAUGGGAAUACAUGCACGAACCAGAAGUCAAUACUCAAGAAGCUGAUCUGAUAGAGGUCCUCAAGAAUCCCAGAGAUUGGGUGCCUUUGGAUUAG